AUGGCCACGUCUGAACCGAAAGCCUCUGGCGGGGAACAGGACCCCAACUCCGCCAAUUUAAGACCUCCAUCCACAACCAACGAAUAUGCGUGGAUGCACGGAUGCACACGAAAACUGGGGAUGAAGAUUUGUGGGUUCCUGCAGAAGAACAACAGCCUGGAGGAGAAAGGGAGGCUCGCGGGGCAGAAGAACCUGCUCUCGUGCGACAACAGUGACAGGGACGCGCGUUUCCGCCUCACCGAGACCGACUUCUCCAACCUGUUCGCCAGAGACUUGCUGCCAGCCAAAAAUGGAGAGGAGCCCACCAUACAGUUUUUGUUGGAGAUGGUCGACAUCCUCACCAACUACGUCAAGAAGACUUUCGACCGCUCCACCAAGGUGCUGGACUUCCACCACCCUCACCAGCUCCUGGAGGGCAUGGAGGGAUUCAACCUGGAGCUGUCCGACCAGCCCGAAUCCCUGGAGCAGAUCCUGGUGGACUGCAGGGACACACUCAAAUAUGGCGUCCGCACAGGUCACCCACGAUUCUUCAACCAGUUGUCUUCUGGUCUGGACAUCAUCGGUCUGGCCGGGGAGUGGCUCACCUCCACUGCUAACACCAACAUGUUCACCUAUGAGAUCGCUCCAGUGUUUGUGUUGAUGGAGCAGCUGACUCUGAAGAAAAUGAGAGAGAUGAUUGGCUGGCCCAACGGAGAGGGAGAUGGAAUCUUUUCACCAGGGGGCGCUAUUUCCAACAUGUACAGUGUGAUGAUUGCACGGUACAAGUAUUUCCCCGAGGUCAAGACCAAGGGCAUGUCUGCUGCUCCUCGCCUUGUCCUCUUCACAUCUGAACACAGUCACUACUCCAUAAAGAAGGCUGGAGCUGCUCUGGGUUUUGGCUCUGAGAAUGUGAUCCUGCUGAGCACAGACGAGAGGGGGAGAGUCAUUCCUGCGGAUCUGGAGGCCAAGAUCCUUGAUGCUAAACAGAAGGGCUACGUGCCAUUGUUUGUGAACGCCACAGCUGGUUCAACGGUGUACGGAGCAUUCGACCCCAUCAAUGAGAUCGCUGACAUCUGUGAGAAGUAUAACUUGUGGCUCCAUGUUGAUGGGGCGUGGGGUGGUGGACUACUGAUGUCCAGGAAGCAUCGCCAUAAGCUUAAUGGAGUUGAGAGGGCCAACUCUGUCACAUGGAACCCGCACAAGAUGAUGGGAGUGCCUCUGCAGUGCUCUGCAAUCCUGGUCAGAGAGAAGGGAAUCCUGUCAGGCUGUAACUCCAUGUGUGCUGGCUACCUGUUCCAACCAGACAAACAGUACGACGUCACCUACGACACAGGGGACAAAGCAAUCCAGUGUGGCCGACACGUCGACAUCUUUAAGUUCUGGCUCAUGUGGAAGGCCAAGGGCACCAUAGGGUUUGAGCAGCACAUUGACAGGUGUUUGGACCUGUCUCAGUACCUGUACAACAAGAUCAAGAACCGGGAGGGAUUUCAGAUGGUGUUUGAUGGAGUGCCCCAGCACACCAACGUUUGUUUCUGGUACUUCCCACCCAGCCUGAGAGGCAUGCCUGACGGUGAGGAGCGGCGAGAAAAACUCCAUGGGGUGGCACCAAAGAUUAAGGCCAUGAUGAUGGAGUCAGGAACCACCAUGGUGGGCUACCAGCCUCAGGGCAAAAAUGUCAACUUCUUCCGUAUGGUCGUCUCCAACCUCGCAGCCACCCAGUCCGAUAUCGACUUCCUCAUCGAUGAGAUUGAGAGGCUGGGUCAAGACCUGUAG